CCUUUGCCAACUGAUCUGAGUAUGUGUAUGGAUCAUCACGCUCGUGGUUUAGAAAUCGCGACCACUUCUCCCGGAGCAACUGCUGCUAACGAAAAAUCCACUCGAUUUCGCUCUGCAGCACAACAGCUUGUGCGCAUAGCAGUUAACGCUGGCGGGGAAAACAUUCUCCAAGAUGCUUCUGACAAUGUGAAAAACCUAGUUGAAGGAGUAUAUGAUCUACCCGGAAAUGACUUGCGGCUUGAAGCUUGGAGUAUGUUAGAUUUGCAAAAAGGGAAUGUUGGACCUGACGGUGGAACGAAGGAAGUGGGACAGUGGAAGCAGGCUGAUGCUUAUACCAGGUUAGAAGAUUGUGCUAUAGACAGCGGGAGGGAGCACUACGAC